UCACCAAUGGCCUCUCUGGAUACGGACUUAACUUGUGCCAUAUGCUUAGAACUUUUUGUGGACCCGUGUUCCUUAACGUGCAUGCAUUCAUACUGUAAAGCUUGUAUCAUAAGUUUAAUCAAACACGACAGCUCAAAUAACAGUACAUUAACUUGCCCGGAGUGUAGACACGUGGAAAAUAUUGGUACUCGUGGUGAUUACGCUUUAAGGAAGAAUUUUACAUUAGCAAACAUCGUUAGUAAAUACGGAGUUCAUAUUCAGAAGGAUACCUCACGACAACCACGUACAAAAGUUGAAGCUUGUUUCACCUGUAAUGAUGAAGUGUCCACAGCAGAUGUCACGCAUGCAAGUCAUGAACGCACAGAUUUAAAAUCAGCGAGAAAAAUUGUUACGACGGAUAUUCAGAAGAGGAUUCUUCAGAUAAAGCAAAACAACGUCGCAGAAGCAAAAGAAAUUAAACGUCAACGCAAAAGAAUAGCUGAAUUCAGAAAAAAAGAACUGUCGGCGGUGGAUACCGUCAAACAUGAAUUCAACAUUAGUUUAAAUGAAUUAGAGCAAAGACGAGAUUCUCUUCUACAAGACAUCAAACUGCAUUCAGACCGAGUUUGCACACAAGAAGGGGCCGUUCAAAAAUGGCAAGAACAUGACGGGAAAAUAAAAUCAACUCUGAAAGAAAUACAAAGAUGUGAAUCAAAAGAAAAGUUUGAUAAAAUGAAAGUAAAGGAUCUCCUGCAGUUGAGGUCAAGAUUAAAUGAAUUGAUUGAAAGAGCGCCUGCCAUACACAUAGUGGAUUCACAUUUGGAAUUUGAUUUCAGUUCACAAGGUCUUCCUUCAGCACAGACUACACAAUCCCCAAUCACAAUACAACGCUGUGAUUGCAUUCCUAGCAAUAACAUGCAUUUUGCAAGUGUAGGAGUUUGUUGGAUGUCAGAUGUCCCAAAUUCUACAUAUGAUGUCACGUUUGUUUCAUUGCAAUCAAAAAAUCCAGAGUAUAUUUUAAAGUAUUCAAAUGUACAGAGCAGGAGUAUGCUGUGUACACAAUUACUUCCUGAAACGGAGUACACGGUUACAGUCAGCCUACAUGAAGAUAGCAAAUCGGGGUCAGAGCCAUAUACCUUCCAGACUUUGCCCUUAAUUGUGUGUUUUGAUAUUUCAUUCCACACGAUGCACGGAAACCACCACUCCUCUAGAUAUAUCAUAACACCAGACUCGAUAGAGAAUUUUACACAUUCUGGAUGCACAAUGAGUAACAUCUCAUUGACAGAACCACUUAUGUAUUGGGAAGUACGAAUGGGGUCAAAAUAUGUUAAAAGAAUUGAAAGCGAUGGAUAUGUCUUCGCAACAGGUAUUUGUUUAGGAAGGGAUAUCGACAACGUUUCAUCGAUUCUGCGGAAUUACAGUGCGUAUAUUGUAGGUUUGGGGAAAAAUUCAAACAAUAGGUUGGAAAUAUUUUGUUUAAAAGAAGGGAAAAUGAUAAAAGGCACUGAGUUGCCAAGAAUUAAAGGAAAAAACGUCAUUGUUCACAUCGGUAUGCUUCUAGAUCUAAAACAUAAAACUUUUUUUGUUGUAAAUGUCGAGUCAAAUGAGCUGAUUUGCCAGUUUUAUGUUAUAAAAGCGCCACACGAAGAUAACCAAUAUGCUGCAAUAUUUAAUCUAACUGAUGAUGCUGGCUUUAUUGAAAUCAUAUCUGGACAACAACUACGAGAACUUCCAUCAGUGUUGUCCGACCUUUGGUGAAUUAUCAAAUAUGUUGUCAGAUAUAUGCAUGUAUUUGGAAAUUCACGUAUACAGUGAAAAACAGUGAAACAUUUAUGUUGAAGAUUGACGAUUUUAAUUCUGUAAAGUUCAUUCAUGUGAUUGUAAAGUUGAUGAGACUACAUGUAUAACAAUAUGAAGUAUAAGAAAAUGUAUGCAAGGGGUGAUAAAAAUUGAGACAAGCGCCGCCGUAAAACUAACGAAUACGGUACAAUUGUAGGUGUACAUAUCUCACAUUGUACAUGAUUAUUCUUUUAACUUCUGUUCUUGACACUGAAUUCUAUUUCUUUAGAUAUUAAAUUGAAAAUAAGUUAUGUCAUGUUUACUCGGAGCAACCUCAUUGAUAUUUUGUGCAUACACCAUGUUAAAUGUUAGAAUACACAAUUAUGCCUUACUUUCAAAAUUCACCCAGAUUCAUUCCUGGGGUAAUUUGAUUGUAAUGCCUGAUGAAAAUGCCCCUCCAAAAUGUGAAAUGUAUUUAGCUUAGAAAAACCUGGGGGAGACAUAAAGACCUAUUUUUGAGAAUGAAAGGUGAAGAUAACGAACAGUGCACGGAAAAUACAAAUAUUGUAGAGAUCAUGUUUUAGACGACGUAAAGUAUGAAUUUACAUGAAAGCUUUCAUACAUAGUGCAGAUUCACGUUUAUCAAAAUCAUGACCCCGUGGGUAGGAUGGGGAUCAAAAUUUUACAUACAAAUGUAUAGGGAAAAUCUUUGAAAAUCUUCUCGAGAACCACUAGGCCAGAACGUACAAAUUUACAUGAAAACUUCCUGACAUAGUAUAAAUUAAAGUUUGUUAAAAUGUACGUUAUGGAGUUGACAGACACAGUACGUUAUUCACGGUCCAGAUACUGAGGAUCAGUGAGACUGAAGGUACACGUGUCUUAUUUGGACUUAGUGUAGUACUGCAUCAUAUAAUUUUUUUUUGUGUCAUAGCUAAAAAUUUAAAACUAUAUUUUGUAAAUAUCCUAUGCCCAGACGAUUGUUCGAUAGACUGUUGUACUUUUCAGUGUUCUGAUCAUAAACUUGUAUUUAUAUAAGGGGAUAUUGUAAAAUUGCAUUUACAACGUUAUUGACGUCAAAUAAUCAUUGGAUGUUACAAUAGUCUUCAGUACCUUUUUGAAUGAGUAAACAUUUACACGUUUGUGUUCAUAUUGUUUUGAUAUUUUGCACACUUGUCCAAAGUUGAUAUUAGACGUUUUUCAUCACAUGAAUGUUUGCAAAUUUGCAGGGUGUGCAAUAUUUAUAUCAAAUAAUCUGUACGCGAACAACAUCAAAUUACAAAUGUCACUUGGGUGACAUGUUGUAUUUGUUACUGUCUAGCGUUCAGUUUUGAAUAGUUUACACUUCACAGAAACCACAUGCCUUCUUAAAAAGUACCUUACAAAACAUCAAUGAAAUGGUUUUAAAUUUUUGUUGAAUUUAGGGGGAGGGGUUUCUUCCAUUCUGGAGACGUGGGAGGCGAGACCAGAAGUCAAGAAUAUAUUUCAAUCUAUUCUCAAUGAAAAACAUAUUGAUUUCUAUUUCACUUAAACAUAGAGCAGACAAUAUGAAUAUAUACAAUUUCCUAUGUAUAUCAAACAUGUCUUUAGUUUUUAAUCUAUAUUAUUUUAAUAUUAUACCUUGAAAACAUCACUAAUAUACAUUGGAGUUAGAAUAAGAAAGUCAAUUUUGUCAACACAGCCACUUGGAAAAGUGCAAGGUGGAAAUUCUUCUCUCACAUCUCUUUAAACCAGCAAAAGAAACACGUGUGUUUUUGCAUUUCCAUCAGGAAAGGGACGGCUUUCUUUGUUCUGUUAUUAUAAUGUAUUGUUGUGGCGGAAAUAAAUCCCUAAAUUUAACAAUGUUUGAUAUUGUGCCCAAAUGUAACCGAUACCACGAAUGUUAUGUGACACCAGGAAAGGAAAUCCUCUCCGAUACGUAUUUUUUGUAACUUAGACUAACUAAUUAGUAUCUGAAUAGUGGCAUCAGGUUUUGGUGAUAUUAUGAUAGAUGUGUGAUUGUCGUUAGUACUAACUUUAAAGAAUCCGGAUUAGUCUGGACAUACACUUCUAAUUCUGAAGAUGUUUUAAUACAUGCAUACUUAUGUACCCGGUGAUAGGAAGCAUGCAAAAGCGAGGAAUAACUUUGUGCAUAAAAAUUUGUACAAAAACUCGUUGGCUCUUGUGGCAGUUAUUUGUACCCCCAAUUUUUUAUAAUUUCUUACUGAACACGAUUUUCCAUAGUUACAUCUAUCUUGUUGCCAUGUUUAAUGUGUAUUACAUAUAUAUUGUUCAACAUAUGUUGUCAUGACAAAUAAAAUCGCAUCAAGA